CUCUUCCACCCCACUUGGAUUCUAGCUCGGGAAUCGAGACCAUUCCCGACCAGUCGCGUCGCCGCUGCGUGCUCAUGAGCUGCUUUUCUUCCCUCGCGUAGUUUGGUCACACUUCUCGUCUGAACCCAUGUUAUCUAAUCUUGUUUAGUGUUGCAGUUGUUGUUGUUGUUGCUGUUCUCCUUGUUCCCCCUCCCUUCUUCUUACGGCGGAGAGUUCUGGUUACCGCUGCUCUUGGUCUUUUACAUUUCGCGCUUUUAGAUUUUGGGCGUACUGGCUUGCAUCUUGGUUAUUGUUGAUUGAGGGGCUCUGCUAUGGCAUCUGAGGUCGCGAAGCCGGUGGAGAAUGGAAUCCAUCCCAAACUUGAGCAGUCUUUCGACGCCCCGGCUGCGACUAAGCCUAGCAAUUCGGAGCUGUUGAAGCUUCACCGAGAUGGAGUUCCGUUCGUUAUGCCGAGCAAGCGAGGGAUUGACACUACCGCUCCAGAUUUUGACCCCCAGGAUUUUCUGGACUUGUUGGCAGAGGAUGUGAUGUUUAUCCAGCAUGAAAAGCUCCGGGAGAUUUUGGAGGUGCAGGCAGACGUCGAAUACUUGCGACGUGUCGGGCUGAACGGGCGCACCGACGUCGAAAGUUUCAGAAAGUGUGUGCCCAUUGUGAGUUAUGGUGAUUUGGAGGCUGACAUCAUGCGAGUGGUGAACGGUGAGAAGACGCCCAUCUUCACCGUUGAUCCCAUCGUCACCCUGAAUUUGAGCUCAGGAACUACAGCUGGGAAACCCAAAUUUAUUCCCUCAACAACGAGAGCAUAUGAGUAUUUCAUGUUCCUACAGACCUUUGUAACUUCCAUAUAUCGCAGAGAAUUUCCAGGGUACAAGGAUGGCACGAGCUUUACUCUGGCCUUCGCUGGAAAGCAGAUUGAUACACCCUCGGGGAUCAAAGCCGGCGCACAGAGCACCAAUCACUUCAGAGGUCCAAUGUUUCGGAACCGAGUUAGGAACGCCAACCGUGAGUAUUGCGUCCCAGACGAGGUGAUUCUGUCCGAUGACACGACUCAGAGCAUGUAUUGUCACCUUCUCUGCGCGCUGGCUCAAGCUCCCGAGAUCGUCAAAGUGUACGGGACAUUCGCAGCCAGCAUUGUCUCUGCAGUCCGCGCACUUCAAAAGCAUUGGUCAGAGAUCGUGGAGGACAUCAGAACCGGCACACUGAACGCCAAGAUCACGGAGCCGGAGAUGAGAACUGCGGUUCAACAGAUGCUGCAUCCUAACCCAGACCUUGCAAGUAGGAUCGAGGAAGAGUGCUCGAAGGAUAAUUGGGAGGGCAUUCUCCCGCGGCUAUUUCCUAACGCGCAUUUCGUCAGCUGUGUCAUCUCCGGGAGCAUGCUACAAUAUGCGCCUGCGUUGAAGCAUUUCUCAGGCCAUUUGCCGACGAUCUCCCUCGCAUACGCAGCUUGCGAGUGCUCCUUCAUUGGCUUCAAUCCCUCUAUGAAAUGCGCACCCGAGGAUAUCACCUACAUGCUGUGGCCUGAAACUGCAUAUUACGAGUUUAUCCCGCUGGAUGAGGAUAGUAAUCCGGAACAAGAUGGCGAUGUUGUGAGGACAGUGGAGGCUUGUGACCUUGAAGUCGGCAGACAAUACGAGCUUGUGGUCACAAACGUUAUCGGUUUAUACAGGUACCGCCUGGGCGACGUACUAACAAUGAAAAGAUUCCACAAGACGGCACCCGUGUUCGAGUUCGUGCGACGGAAGAACGUAAUCCUGAGCGUACACACGGACAAGACCGACGAGAAGGAGCUGCAAUCAGUGGUGAACCUAGCCACCGAGGCGCUAGCGGGCACCGGCAUGGAGCUAUCCGAUUACACGAGCACGGCCGACGUAUCCACCCUGCCGGGCCGGUACGUCAUCUUCUGGGAGAUGGUGGAUAGCAGCGACUUGGACUACGACGUGCUGCAACAUUGCGCCAACACGCUCGACGCGAACUUCAACAGCGAUUACCGGCGGUGGCGAUCCGGCCAUCAGAUCGGUCCACUGGAGCUGCGUAUCGUGAAGGAGGGGACGUUCAAUCGCGUGAUGGAUUCUGCCGUGGCGCGAGGCGCCUCGCCAUCGCAAUACAAGCCUCCUCGGUGCGUGAACAAUCCCCACACGCGGCAAAUCCUCGACGACGGCCUCGUCGCUUCAUUCCACAGCACCAUCACGCCGAACCCCGCCCCAAUCGCCCUCACCGGGUCCUAAAACCGUGUAUUUGGGGGCGCAAUACCGACCCAUCCCUCGUGGCAGUGUUUAACGUGGAAUUAACUGAGUGUACACGUUUUCUCGUAAAUGCUCUUCAUUUCAUUGUACUCUAUUAUUGAUUUACUUUAUAUAAAUGUUUUCUAUACUUAUACUCCAAGGCAAGUUCUAGGAGGCUUCUGUACAUGGUUGGUAAGAGGUGGUGUAAUCCUUAUGGUUUCACAUUUGAUUCCAAUUGAUGCAUUGAUCUCUAUAUUUAAUUUUAGGGGAACUGUAUCUUCUUGAGAGUUGCUUUAGCCUCCUUAUUUUUAGUUAUUUUUAUUUUGAUUGUUAUUAUUAUUCUUGAAUUGGGGUUCCAAAUUCAAAUAGUAAAGUAGGCAUAUUCUAAAAGAUCGUACUUGUCCAAACUAUUUACUUGGAUAAAUACAAAGCUCAAAUAUGUUUUAAAUGUUUU